AUGCACAAGCCCACCCUCCUGGCCGCGACGAUGUCGGCGGCGGCCGCCCACGCCGCCAGCCUGACGGACAUCUGCACGACGAGCUACAUCGAGUCCAAGCUGCCCACCUCGGACUUCAACGAGGGCAUCGAGAUCGACAGCUCGAGCGUGACGGCGGCGGUGGUGUACAACGCCAGCUCGAGCGGCUCGUACUUCUUCCCGGCCACCAACUUCGACUUCUGCAACGUCACCUUCGCGUACACGCACGAGGGGCUGAAUGACACCGUGCAGCUCAACUACUGGCUGCCCGCCCCCAGCAGCUUCGCCAACCGCUUCCUGGCCACGGGCGGUGGUGGCUACGCCAUCAACUCCGGCCUGACCGUGUCCGGCUCGCUGCCGGGCGGCCUGGUGUACGGCGCUGCGGCAGGCCUGACGGACGGCGGCUUCGGGGGCUUCGACAACCAGUUCCAGGCGGUCGAUCUGCUGGCCAACGGCACUCUCAACUGGCAGGAGAUGACCAUGUUCGGCUACCAGGCCAUCUACGAGAUGACCAUCGUCGGCAAGGCGUUGACCAGCAAUGUUUAUAACGUGUCCGACUCGGAGAAGCUGUACUCCUACUACCAGGGAUGCUCCGAGGGCGGCCGUGAGGGAUGGAGUCAGGUCCAGCGCUUCGGCGACGAGCUGGAUGGUGCUAUCAUCGGCGCCCCGGCCUUCCGCUAUGCCCACCAGCAGAUCCAGCACAUGUAUUCCAAUGUUGUUGAGCUGACCGAGGAGUACUACCCGCCGCCCUGUGAGUUCACCAAGAUCAUGAACGAGACCAUCGCCGCCUGCGAUGGUCUGGAUGGUCUGGUCGACGGCGUCAUCGCCCGCACCGACCUGUGCAUCCUGCACUUCGACAUCAGCACCCUGGUGGGCGUCCCCUACGACUGCCCGGCCACGGCGGCCACCCGCCUGCCCGCCGAGCCCGCGUACCCGGCGCAGACGGGCAACGUCACGGCGCAGGGCGUGCGUGUCGCCCAGACGAUCCUGGAGGGGCUGCACGACAGCAAGGGCCACCAGGCCUACUUCUCCUACCAGCCGGGGGCCACCUUCACCGACGGCGCCACGCAGUACGACAACGAGACCGACUCGUGGGUGCUGGACAUUGACUCCCUGGGCGCCAUCUUCCCCGAGCGCUACCUGUUCCUGACCGAGGAGAUGACCAUGGACAGCCUCACAAACGUCACCUACGACACGCUGAUCGAAUGGAUGAACUGGGCGUGGCAGAAGUACGACAGCACCCUGCAGACCACCUGGCCCGAUCUGACCCCUUUCAAUGUCGCCGGCGGUAAAGUGCUGCACUUCCACGGCGAGGCCGACAGCAGUGUGCCCACGGCCUCGUCGGUGCGCUACUGGGAGUCCGUCCGCCAGAUCAUGUACCCGAAGAUGGACUAUCUCGAGAGUGCCGAGGCCCUGAACGAGUGGUACCGCCUGUACAUCAUCCCGGGGGCUGUCCACUGCGCUCCCAACAGCGACGAGCCCAACUCGCCCUUCCCGACCACCAACAUGGCCGUCAUGAUCGACUGGGUCGAAAAGGGCGUCGUGCCGGAGCGCCUGAACGCCACCAUGCCCUACAACGACGACAAGGAGGUCGAGAUCUGUACCUGGCCGCUGCGUCCUCUGUGGCACGGCAAUGACUCUGUCAUGGACUGUGUGUAUGACCCGGAGUCGCUGGCUACCUGGCAUUACGACCUCGAUGCCUUUAAGCUGCCUCUUCUGGCCACCGCAUGGGACUACAACUCGGAUACCUGCUAUAUGAUCGAGGGCGAAUUCACCACACCAGCGGUGGCGAUCCCAUACUUGUCCUCUGUCUUCUACGUCUACUUGGACUUCUACUUCUACGUCUACGCCAGUUUCUAUCUAUACUGCAUCUUCCAGUGUCGCUAG